CAAAGCCAGUGACACAGAGAUCGGAGCACCACGUGCCGUGUUGAGGGCUCACACACACAUACAGAAGUGCACUGUUCACACACGCAUGCACACACAUCCCUUCAGACAGUAUGGACCAAAACACCUCCGCUACGGGGCUACUGCUGACUGCACUCCUAUUUCUGAGCUUGCAGACGGCACGUUCAGAAGAGGACAGGGACACCCUUUGGGACCCCUGGGGCUCCUGGAGUGAAUGUUCUCGCACCUGUGGAGGAGGGGCCUCGUACUCACUUCGACGCUGCCUCAGCUCAAAGACCUGUGAGGGGCAGAAUAUCAAAUAUCGCACAUGCAGUAAUGUGGAAUGCCCCCCAGACGCCGGUGACUUCCGUGCCCAGCAGUGCUCUGCACAUGCCGACGUACGCUACCAGGGUCGGUACCACGAGUGGCUGCCCCUGGAUAACGACUCUGACAAUCCCUGUGCGCUGAAAUGCAAGGCCAAGGGCUCUGGGCUGGUGAUGGAGCUGGCCCCCAAGGUGCUGGAUGGGACACGUUGCUACACAGAGUCCCUGGACAUGUGCAUCAGCGGGACCUGCCAGAAUGUGGGCUGUGAUCUCAAGUUGGGGAGCACAGCAAAGGAGGACAACUGCGGAGUGUGCAAUGGAGACGGCUCAUCCUGCAGGCUGGUACGAGGAUACUACAAGUCCCAGCAUUCCUCGGAAAAGACUGAGGAAACAGCCAUUGUGAUCCCCUAUGGGAGUCGUCAUGUGCGACUAGUCCUGAAAGGCCCGGAUCACUUGUAUCUGGAGAGUAAGACACUGCAGGGGGUGAAAAGAGAGCAUUCUCUAGAUGCUUCCAGACAGUAUCACCUUGAGAACACCACUCUGGACUACCAGAAACUCCCGGACAAGGAGGUCCUGAGAAUCACCGGACCCCUAGGGGCUGACUUCACCGUGAAAGUCCAAUAUGCCAGCGGUGCCGACAGUGUGGUCCAGUUAAUAUUUUACGAGCCAAUCAUCCAUCGUUGGAGGGAAACUGACUUCUUCCCAUGUUCUGUGACCUGCGGUGGAGGAUACCAGCUGACUUCAGUGGAGUGCUUUGACCUGCACAGCGGUCGUGUGGUUGUGGACCAGUACUGUCACCACUAUCCUGAGAAUGUCAAGCCCAAGCCCAAACUACAGGAGUGCAACAUGGACCCCUGCCUUGCCAGUGAUGGCUACAAGCAAAUCAUGCCUUACGACCUCUACCAUCCCCUGCCUCGGUGGGAGAGUAGCCCAUGGACUGCCUGUUCCACCUCCUGCAGUGGGGGGAUCCAGAGCCGCUCUGUGUCCUGCGUGGAGGAGAACAUUCAGGGCGUCAUCACCCCUGCGGAGGAGUGGAAGUGCCUAUACGCCCCCAAGAUGGUCAUCCUGCAGCCUUGUAACACCUUCAACUGCCCCACGUGGCUGGCACAGGAGUGGUCACCUUGCACAGUGACUUGUGGUAAGGGCCUGCGCUACAGGGUAGUCCUGUGCAUCGACUACAGGGGCCUACAUGCUGGAGGCUGCAACCCGACUACCAAGCCACACAUCAAGGAGGAGUGUUUGGCCACUGUACCCUGCUACAAGCCCAUAGAAAAGCUCUCGGUAGAGGCCAAGCCUCCAUGGUUCAAACAGGCCAUCGAGUUGGAGGAGGACACAACUGUGUCUGAAGAGCCCACGUAA